CAAAAUGGCCCAGCCAUGACCCGCCAAUAUUCAAAGUAGGCUAAAAGAUUUGGGCCGGUCUGGUCAGUGAUGAAAAAAGCUACAAGCCCAGAAUCAGAGAGAGUGCUCGGUACGCUUCCCGCUUCUUCAAUCCAUGGCGGCAAACAAAAUCCAAAUCACAAGCUGCUCUUUUUUUCAUUCAUUUGUUCUUGUUUCCACCAUUUUCAAAUACCCAGAUCUGUCUUUUGAACUGUAGACUGGAAAGUGGAGAAGGAAGCAGUUAUUAGGGAAAUAUAAUCAGAGAGAGAGAUGUUCGGAAGAGUAAGAGCGUCGCCGUCGCUACUUGACAGCUUGGAGACUCCCCCUUCCAAGAUCAUCAAAGGCGAUUCUCUCUCCAUCUACGAGGCUACGCUGAUGAAGCUUAAAUUGGGUUCCUAUCUUCAAGACAUAUCAUCCGAUGAGGAGGCAAUGGUGGUCGAUACGGAUUGUUCUUCUGCAAGUGUUUCAAACGGUUCAAGUGAUUGUCAAUCGACAGGUAAUUCGCAGCAACGGAGCGAGGGUGUCUCGAUUCUUUAUCUGUUUUCCAAAUUUAAGGCAUAUCAACGCACUCCAACAGCUAGUCAUGAAGCAAUGAUGAUAGAGAAUGAUGGUUCUGCAAGUUUUUCGAGUUCUAGUGAGUGUCAACCCUUGAGCAGCGCAAAAGAGCAGGGGAACCAGGAAUCUAGCAAUGGUAGUUCUUUUCCUCUGUUCUGUUGAUGAAGGGUUACAAACAAUGGUACUAUUACCUGAUUGAGUGCCUGGAUUUAUUCUCAACUUUGUCGCUAGGAGCUUGGAUUGAAAAUAAGAGGAGCUUUACCGUUCUAGUUUCCUAAACAUUGUACACUAGAAAAACCCAAUCAUUCAUUUUGAUGGAUAUCAAACAACGUAGAAAAUUUAUAAUGAUAUUCUUGCAUAUCAGUUGAAUUUCAAGGGGUGCUUCUGGUUCUGGUUCUGGGUUUCCUUGUUUGUUGCAUGACAAGGUCCUUUCCAUCUUCCCUCACUGGUUCUCAAAUCUGUGUAUGUUUUGGAUUUUCUGUUUGAAUUGCCUCAAGCGACAAUAAAUGGUUCA